UGUCUUCUUGCCCUCUCCAAAGCUUAUUCUUUCCCUCUCUUCUUCUUCUCCUUUUCUCAAAAACCCUAAAACCCCUUUGAAUCCAAGAAAGAAAAGAUAUCCAUAUUCUUCAGAAAUUUUGAAGCCCUUGUGAAUAAUUUCUCUCGGUACUGUUUGCAGAACAAAAAAGUAUUUCUUAUCCAAUGCGAGGAAUCCCAUUUGCCUCGAAUUUCAUUUUCCUCUCUGUUUGAGUUUCAAUUUCCUCUACUUCUUGGAGAAUAGUAAAGUAGAGGAAAAGGCGGAAAUACCCCAUCAUUUUGAUAUCUGAUUUGGAAGGAAAGGAGUAAGAGAGAGAGAGAGAUCUAUUUCUCUCUGUUAUACUCUGUUUUGUUCUUAGAGAACUUGACAGAGAACAAAAUCUUUCAGAAUGGCAGAUCAAGUGCUAUGUAGUGCUUGCAGAGCUUUGAAUUUGUUUUUGUUUGUUGUUUUAACAUCUAUUUUGGCCAAUGUAGCUUUUGUUUGCGCUAAAUCAACUAUAGAGCCAUGUUCGAACUCCGAUUCUUGCAAUGCCCUGCUUGGUUACACUCUCUACACCGACCUCAAGGUUUCUGAAGUUGGUUCACUCUUUCAAGUCGAUCCCAUUUCGAUUCUCACCGCCAACGCCAUAGAUGUUUCAUACCCAGAUGUUGAAAAUCACAUUCUACCUUCGCAGCUCUUCAUCAAAAUCCCUAUUUCUUGUUCUUGCGUUGAUGGGAUUCGUAAAUCGGUUUCUACUCGGUACAAGACUCGCCCUUCUGACACUCUUUCGUCGAUUGCCGAUUCCAUCUACGCUGGUUUGGUCUCGUCAGAUCAGAUUCGAGAGGCUAAUUCCAUCUCGGACCCCUCUCUUCUCGAUGUUGGACAGACCCUUGUUGUGCCGCUUCCUUGUACUUGCUUUAAUGGAACUGAUAAUUCGUUGCCUGCUAUUUACUUGUCUUACGUUGUUCAACCUGAAGAUACUUUAACUGGGAUUGCUUUUAGAUAUUCGACCACUAUCACUGACUUGAUGGAUGUUAAUGCCAUGGGCAACCCAGCGAUUAAGGCUGGUGAUAUUUUGGCCGUCCCAUUGCCAGCUUGUGCAUCUAAGUUUCCUACGUAUGCCACCGACUCUGGCUUGAUCGUGCCCAAUGGAAGCUAUGCCAUUACGGCGAGUCAUUGUGUGCAGUGUAGCUGUGGACCAGGGAACCUCAAUAUGUAUUGCAUGCCUGCUCCCUUUGCUGUUUCUUGUUCGAGUAUGCAAUGCAGAAACAGCAAUCUAAUGCUUGGGAAUGUCACUGCACAGCAGAGUAGUGCAGGUUGCAAUGUUACAUCUUGUAGUUAUGGUGGUUUUGUAAAUGGCACCAUAUUGACGACGUUGUCUUCGAUUCUUCAGCCUCGAUGCCCAGGGCCACAGCAAUUUCCCCCACUUAAAGCCCCCCCUACUACAGUAAUCAGAGAUACAAACUUUGCACCUGCACCUGCUCCUCAAUUUGAUGGCUCCGGAUCACCUGCACCCGGGUCAGGAUUGAUCCCUUCAACAACUGGUUCUCUCCCUGGACUCCCGCCAGCUAGUGGUCCCGUUGGUAGUACUUCUGGGAUGAACUCCGCCCCUUCCUUUGCUUCCUCAUUGGUGAAUCCAUUAGCUAGUAUCCCUGCUGCCUUUCUUUUAUUUAUCAUUGUCAAUUUCUUAACAUCAUUUUCAUUGUAAUUCUUUUCAUGGUGGGGUGACUUCAUGGUGGGCUUUGUAUUAUUUGUGGUUUAUAUGUUUUGAGAUUUUUCUCCUGUAUGCUGGCUGUAUGUAAACCGUUAUUUAUUCUUCCCCAUCGAGACUGAUGUAUGAAUGCGGCGAACUGAAGGGUUUUUGAGGUCA